UGCCAGGAAAUGAACGCCCUGCGCGGGCAGGUGGGUGGAGAGAUCAGCGUGGAGAUGGAUGCUGCUCCGGGCAUCGACCUCACCAAGAUCCUGGCUGAGAUGAGGGAGCAGUACGAGAGCCUGGCGGACAAGAACCGCAGGGACGCCGAGCAGUGGUUCUUCAGCAAGACGGAAGAGCUGAACCGGGAGGUGGCCAUCAACACCGAGCAGCUCCAGAGCGGCAAGACGGAGAUCACAGAGCUGCGACGCACCAUCCAGAGCCUGGAGAUCGACCUGCAGUCCCAGCUCAGCACGAAAGCGGCGCUGGAGGGCACCUUGGCCGACACGGAAGCCCGCUACGGCACCCAGCUGGCCCAGCUGCAGGGGCUGAUCACCGGCGUGGAGGAGCAGCUGGCCGAGCUGCGGUGCGACAUGGAGCGCCAGAACCAGGAGUACAGGGUCCUCCUGGACGUCAAGUGCCGCCUGGAGCAGGAGAUCGCCACGUACCGCCGGCUCCUGGAGGGCGAGGACGCCCA